AUGCUGGCCGCCUCCCGCCGCUGCUGCCGCUGCUGCUGCUCGGGGCCCUGGGGCGGCCGGGGGGGGGGCUCGGCCCCGCCCCCGCCCCCCCCCGCCGCGACCCCCGCCGCCACCCCCGCGCCCCGCCACAACGCCUCCAGGCCGGAGUUCCCGUGCGGGGGGCAGCACCGCGGGGAGUCGGGGUUCAUCGCCAGCGAGGGCUUCCCCCGCCACUACCCGCCCGGCCGCAACUGCACCUGGACCAUCACGGUCCCCGAGGGGCAGGUGGCCACCCUCUCCUUCCGCGUCUUCGACCUGGAGCCGGACCCGCGGUGCCGCUUCGACUCGCUCUCGGUGUUCGGGGGCCACGGGCCGGGGGCGCCGCUGCUCGGCCGCUUCUGCGGGACGUUCCGGCCCGGGGCGCUGCGGGCGGCCGGGAACCGCCUGCUCCUGCGCAUGGAGAGCGACGCCGCCACCGCCGGCCGCGGCUUCCUCGCCUGGUUCAGCGCCGGCCUCCCCCCGGCCCACGGUGAGCCCGGGCGGGGGGCACCGCCGGCACACAGGAGGGACCCCCCCGGAACGCAGGGAGACCCCCCGGAACGCAGGGAGACCCCCCGGAAUGCAGGGAGACCCCCCGGAAUGCAGGGAGACCCCCCCGGAAUGCAGGGACCCCCCCCGGAAUGGACCCCCCCCGGAAUGCAGGGAGACCCCCCCGGAAUGCAGGGAGACCCCCCGGAACAAUGGGGGGGGAAAUAG